CCUGAGCAUGGACGAGAUGCUGAUGAUGGAUGUGACCACUUGCGCUCACUUGUCGGCAUGCAGGCAGGCAGCGAUGGGGGGGCAGCAAGAGCAGCUCUUGGCAUGCAGGUUGCGUCCACACGUGUGCCGUUGAGAGGGAGACAGUCGACCUUGGAUCCAUUCGUGGGGAACAAGGUGCACAAAGAUGUCGAUCGUCUCUUGGCAAUUGCCAUCUAUCGAGGCGGUGGAUCCUUCAACUGCCUCCGGUUGCAGGAGACGCAAGAUUAUUGGAACUAUAUAGUCACUCUCCUGCGUUCCUCCAUCGUGCCAGUGCCACGCCUACUGACGUACGAGAGAGUCAGGACAAGGAUGUUGGACAUUAUCUACCACGAGGUUGCGACACUCAUUGCCCCUAAGAAGGCAAAGUGGAAGGACAACGGAUGCACAUUGAUGACGGACGGGGCGACGGACCAGAGGAACAAGCCCAUCAUGAACUUCAUUGCAGCGGGGAAGUCUGGGCCGGUCCUCAUCCGUACGUUCGACAUGUCAGAGGGGGACAAGACAGUCAUCAAUUUGGCAGACAUAUGGGAAAGUGUCAUACGAGAUGACAUUGGGGUCGAUAAUGUAAGUGGGAUUUGCACUGACAAUGUGGAGGUGAUGAAGGCAGCGGCCAGUGUUCUGCAGUCCCACCCAGACCCGGUCAUUGCACGCAUACCUUGGAUCCCGUGCGCAGCACAUUGCCUGAGCUUGCUGUUGAGGGACAUCGCUGCAAAGCCUUGGGCGAAAGCAAUCAUGCAGCGGGCGCACAAGAUAGUGAAGUUCAUGAGAAACAAACAUAAGGCGGUCGCACUGCAUCGAGGCACGACGCAUGCGCUGGACAUCAGGCGACCGGCCGAUACUCGGUUCGGGACUGCUUUCAUGAUGCUAGAGAGGUUGUGGGCGCAGAGCGCCAGCAAGAGGCCGGAGAGUCGCUAUAUCGACGUGUGGGCGGAUUUGGUGGAGGACCCCCCAGAGGAAAUCGACGACACAAAUAGUAUCCCCACGGAUGUGGAUGAGGCUGAGUGGGAGCUGAUUGAUGAGGCCAACCAUCGCAAGGACAGUCGUAACUGGAUCACGUCUAUAUCAGCAGACGAUCCUUCGGCAGACGCAGUGUCUCCCUGGCAAGAUGCGGUGUGGAUGCACCACGAGACGGAGCAAGCGCAGGCGGAGUGGGGCAGAGGAAAGGCGGCUGCAGAGGACCAGUGCGACAUCUUGGAUGAGUGGGCGACAUUGGACCCCCACACGUACUUCGACUCUUACGUCGAUGGCAGCUUGCAGGCGGUGAGGACCCUCCGGAGCAAGGUGGGAGGCCUUGUCGAUGUCGAGGGUCUAUUGGCGAGAGACGAUACGGAGGGGACAGAGGAGGACAUUGAGCGCAGACACGAGGACACCCUUCCCUUGACUUCACAACCACGGGUGGCGGAAAUAGGGUCAUCACGCGCCACAACAUCACAUGACGUCCAUCAUCCGGAGUCUUGUCAUUAUGCAGGGCCGACAACCUUGGACUCCACAGGUUUGGAGGCGCAUGCUUCUGCCACGAUAGGUUCCCCUGCUUGCACAGUCGACGUGCGUACGACUCGUGGGUCCACACAGACUAUAGUAGACCGUGGUGCAGUGCAUACGGCAGACCAGAGGCGCGAUGAUAGCAUGGUUGAGAGGGAAGAUCAGGCAGCGGAGCACGGGGCAGAACACAAGGAGCAGAGGGUGCAACAGGUGGCGGAGCAGCUCACAAAGCGUUCGGGGGUGGGGGAAGGUUUGGCCGCGACAGUGGAGCAGAGGACGGAGCAAAAUGUACAUCCAUGCCCUGCCCUAGGUGCAGAUCAGAGGGUGGAGCAGAGGGUGGAUCAAAGGGUGGAGCAGAGGGUGGAUCAAAGGGUGGAGCAGCGGGUGGAGCAAAGGGUGGAGGUUAGGGUGGAUGUGAGUGUGGAGCAGCAAGUGGAUCAGCGGAGAUCGGACAUCGCACACGAGAGAGUAGGUGAGAGGAUUGACGAGAGUGUCGUCCGAGAUGAGGGCGCUGUGACGGUGGAGGACAGGACGGAGGAGAGGGGUAGGGAUCCCCUGCAGGAAAUCAGUGCUCGAGACAUCGUAGUCACUAGAGGUUCAUUUUAUGGGAUUCCACCGCUGCCCCCACGUUCCGCACAGUCCUCUCGGGGGGUGGAUCUUGGUGUGCAUUGCAUGUCGCCACCAAAUCGCGUGGCGGCUCAGGAGCCAGCAUCUGCAGCAGUUAGGGGCGCUGACGACGGCGUCUCCAGUCAGGCGAGGCAAGGAGGGGGACGGAGUUUGUUACUGACGAUGGGCCAUGGCAACACAAAAACUGAUGUUGCGGAGGGGAUUGUUGCGGGAGUUGGUGUUGCAGCCGGUAUCCGUACGAGGUCUCGAGCGGCUGGUGGAGAGAUGCACAAAACCUCUUCUCGCGUGUUGGAUGAUGAUCCUGAUGAGAAUGAUAACGACGACACAUCAGAUGAGAUUUUCGACAGCCACUAUGAGGAGGAGAUUCGUAUGAGGGAUCAGGAUGAGGCAAGAGAUGACAACAACUCCGACAGCACCGGCGACAUGGCGGAAUACCUAGGGAUUCAUGCAACGCAGCUGCCAACGCUGACCCGGAUCCCGUUUCAGGUCCAAGCGUGGAUGGCUGAUAAGGAAGCAGAAGCACUGAAGUGUCAGCAAGCUCUUGUAGAAGAGGAGGAGGCAGCACAGCAGAAGAACCAGUUGGCAAGUCAGGCCAACAUCAAUAUGCACAACUUUCCUUCGUUUAGCAAGAUGGUCCUAGACAUUGAGGCAAAGAUAGGGCAUGGACAAGCACCCACUACGGAUGGAAGGAGAAAGACACUGCCUCCUAACUGGAAGGCGAAGGGGCGCAUUAUGUUUGUCGAUAACGAUGGUUCAACCAUCGAAUUAGACGAACACUUUCAGGAAGGAGUAGGUUCAGAGGCGGGCAGCGUAGAAGCUUCAGAGGGUGGAGUAGUUGUUGCCGUAACUCAAAAAGGCGAGCCGACGAAAAUGCCGUCGGAGAUAGAGGGAGUAGUUGCCAAGUACCCUGAUCUAUUUGAAGAGCCGACAGGGGUUGUCGAGAGGGAGGUCGUCCACGCGAUAGAGAUUAUCCCAAGGUCUAGUAUCCUGAAGGGUAGGAUCUAUCGGAUGUCUCCAGGCGAGCUCGAUGAGCUUCGCCGACAGCUCAAGGAACUCGUAGAGAAGGGUUGGAUCCGGUCGAGUGUCUCUCCUUAUGGAUCUCCAGCACUAUUCGUACCUAAGAAGAAGGAGGGUACACUUAGGAUGUGCAUUGAUUAUAGGGGCCUCAAUGCCAUCACUGUAAAGAAUAGAGAGCCCCUACCGCGCAUCGAUGAUCUGUUAGAUAGAGUGCAAGGGUGUCGGUACUUUAGUAAGAUAGAUCUGAAGUCCGGGUACCAUCAGAUUGCAAUCUGGCCCGAGGAUCAACACAAAACCACUUUUCAGACCAGGUACGGUCUGUACGAGUUUGUGGUGAUGCUUUUCGGCCUUUGCAAUGCUCCUGGCACCUUUCAGCACGCUAUGAAUCGGAUAUUCCAUGACUACUUGGAUAAGUUUGUCAUCAUGUACCUCGAUGACAUACUUGUUUUUAGUAAGACUGUCGAGGAGCACGUUGCACAUUUGGACAAAGUCCUCAGUCUCCUGCGACAGCACAAGUUCAAGAUCAACGGUGAGAAGUGCGAGUUUGGCCGCACCCGUGUCUUGUACUUGGGUCAUGAGAUCUCCGCGGAAGAGUUGAAGCCCGAUGACGCGAAGGUGGCCAGCAUUCGUUAUUGGCCACAUCCUCAGUUUGUGACUGAGAUGAGGUCUUUCUUAGGAAUGACAUGCUACUAUAGGACCUUCGUUAAGAACUAUGGUAUAGUGGCCGCUCCUUUGACUGAUCUGACGCGCCUUGACACCCCAUGGGAGUGGACAGAUAAGUGCGAGGCUGCUUUCAGACAUCUGAAGCAUGCGUUGAUGCACUACGAGGUCUUGAAACUUCCUAAUCCUGAUAAGCCGUUUAUAGUCACCACGGAUGCCAGCCAAUAUUGCAUUGGCACCAUGCUCGCACAGCAGGAGGGGCCACAGUUAAGGCUUGUAGUGUACAUGUCCAAGAAGAUGCCCUCUCAGAAGUUGGCGAAGUCCACCUAUGAGAAGAAACUCUAUGUGGUGUACAAUGCUCUGACCCAUUGGAGACACCAUCUCCUUGGGAAGUUCUUCAUCCUCAGGACUGAUCAUCAGACCCUGAUAUGGAUUAGAACUCAGCCUAUUCUCUCUGAAGCCCUCAAGCGUUGGAUCGAAGUCAUUGAGCAAUAUGACUUUGACCCUCAGUAUCUGAAAGGGGAGUACAACAAGGUUGCUGAUGCCUUGUUGCAUAGACCUGAUUUCUCAGGUGUGCUGAUUAAUGAGUUCGAUCUGACGGACAAUGUUACUCAGUCUUUGGUGGAAGCCUAUCCCGAGGACCAGUUCAUGUCUAAGAUCAUACGCAGACUUGAGGCGAAGGACAAGAAGACUUCUGCCAAGUUUGAGAUGGUGUACGUGGAGACUUGUCAAGUUUGUCAAAGGGACAAGCCACGCACUCAGGCUCCUCUUGGGCUUUUGAAGCCUCUUCCGAUUCCGGAACAACCUGGUGAGAGUCUGUCCAUGAAUUUCGUGGAUACUCUAAUUACUAGCAAGAGCGGGAUGCGUCACAUCUUCGUCAUCGUGGAUAGAUUUAGUAAGUAUGCUAGGUUAGUAGCAAUGCCGGAAACAACAAAGAUGGAGUAUGUGAUCCGAGUGUUCAAAGAAAACUGGGUUAGAGACUUUGGUUUACCGAAGUCUAUUGUCAGUGACAGGGAUGUCCGGUUUACCAGCGAGUUGUGGAAGGCCGCUGCUGCAGAGCAGGGAACUCAGUUGCAGAUGACUUCUGGGAAUCAUCCAGAGGCCAAUGGACAAGCCGAGCAACUGAAUCGCGCUGUACAACACCUGUUGAGGCACUACAUCAAGCCCAACCAGGUGGACUGGGAUGAGAAGCUUGCUCUCAUCGCCAGCUUGUAUAACAACGCUGUACACAGCGCCACCGGGGUGAGCCCAAAUAGCUUACUGCUAACAUUUAAGCUGAGACUGCCCCUAGAUUUCCUUCUCCCUAAGAAUCAAUCCACUGCUGCACCAGGUACCUUAGAAUUUGCAUAUCGCUAUGAACAGAAGAUGCAGCAGGCUGUAGAACAGAUGCAGAAGGCGCAGGCUGCAAUGAUAGAGUCUGAAAAAAGACACCGCCGACCUUCUACAUUUCAGGUUGGGGAUAGGGUCUGGGUGAAGUCGUCAGAACUGGGACAGGAGCACGGGAUCUCCCGCAAACUCAUGCCCCAGUACUUUGGACCCUGGGAAGUCUUGGACAUCGUUGGGACAGAUCCGGAUGGUCCAUCUUAUGUUAUCCGGAUACCUGGUCACCUCCGCACUUACCCUGUCUUUCACGCCUCUAAGCUGGCACCUUUCAAAGAAACUGAUCAGUUCCCAUCUCGAUGCUCAAUGCUGCCCCCAACCAUGAACGGAGAGGUGGACAUCGAUGACAUCAUGGACCACAGAGAGCUGCCAGUAUCAAGACCAACAGGCAGGGGACGCCCUCCGAAACCGAAGCUGCAAUAUCGCGUUCGGCGGGCAAAGAUUCAGGAGCGUAAACGCGCAAAGAAGAUACGACUGAAGGAGGCAAGAGACAGGGAGAGGAAAGGAAUCGGCAACAUCAAUGAAUAUGUGGAUGGUGACUGGCUUCCAGAAGGUAGUUCUGGUCCAGGCAAGGAGGAGGGGGAGGAUGAGGAGGCGGGGUUAGAAUCUCCAAGCGGUACAGAAGUUGGUAAUGUAUCGUUGGGUGUUGCAGGAGAGGGUCCCACAAAAGGAACUGAUCAGUGGCAAGUCCAGCAUUCCACCCGUGGCAAUGGUGGCACUGACGAGCCCUGUUUUCCAUGGAAAGAGGCAUUGAAGGACAAAGUAGCUGAUGGAGGUGGAGAUGGAGGUAGUGGACCUGUUGCGGAUGUAGCAGGGGAUUUGGGUGGUAAGAGAAAUUUGUCCUUGUUCGGUGGAGCAAUUGAAGCUCCUCAACUGAAGAAGCUUGCACAGCUUGCUACCAGGGCACCCGAACCACGAGCACGUAGGGGUGAAGACACACCUCUAAUAUCAUCUAAAACACGGGAGGGUAGGGGUGGACAUGUGGUGGGAUCACCAGAGAAUGCUAGCAGGGCAGGUGAGGGGAUAGAUCUUGGAGAAGGCCGACUGGGUGCCAGUGAUUCAGUGACUAGGAAGUUUAAGGGAGCAGGUUCUGAAGAGAAUGCCGAUGAUUUUCUUGAAUGUCUGGAAAGUGGUGAAUAUGGUCUGAGGAGUGACGAGGGGGGGGUUCAUAAGAGCAUGGCAGCUACUCUUGCUGUCACCUCUGCAAAGAGGAGCACUCAUCCGCACUCUGAGGGGGUAGGCUCUGGUGGCCGGCCAUCAUCUGGUGGGGCGCUGAGUCAUCAUCAAUAUCAUGCUCAGGAAAGACUGCACCCUUCUCAGAAUGCCGGGAGUUCUGGUGGAGGGUUAAGCAGUUCUGCAUCUGAGGGCCUGGGAGGGAUCAGUGGUGUCCCAGACCUUGGAGGGGGGGGGUCAUGGAGAAUUUCCUCAGCAGGAUUGGAGGUGGUAAAAGGGGCAUCAGUGGCGGAUGUGAGAUUAGGGAGGAGCGAGAGGUCAGACUCAGCAAGGAUUAGGCAUAGCAGCAUUGGCAUAAUCGGAGGCACCUAUUCAAGUCUCACUGAAUUCAGGGCCUCAGGAAUAGAAGAUGGGUGGUCAGGAAAAGUUGGCAAGGUCAGGGUAGAGGGUGGUACAGGGGAUAGCAGUGCAGGUCUUGGCAGUGGGAUGGAUGUGAUGGCUUCAGUAUCAAACGCGGGAUUUGUAGUGGGUCAUGAUUCAGAAUUCCCCCCCUUGCCUAAGGCCCAAAUGCCAGCUCGAGGUCCCAAAGUAAGCUUGGGAAGUAGUGAUGCAAUGCGAUCAUUAGAGAAGGCCGGAAGUGGACAGAAAUACCGACUGGGAGCAGACAAAAACAAACACCUGGCAUUGGAGUGUGCGGAUGCCCGUGAGAGAUCUGACAGUGAUAAUCUGUUCACACCCAGUAAUGCACAAAGCCAGAAAACCUCUAGGAAUGCAGGAUGUACGCCGGAGAGAGCGAAGAGUGGAGAGAAGGGGAAUGAAGGGAAAGGUGGUAAUUUAGGAAGAGAACCCACUUCUGUGGAACAUGAAGCCAGAAGUGAUAGAAGAGAUGGAGUGGGCAAUGAUGGAGAAAGCUUCUCUGCCCCUGCUUCAGAGGUUAUAGUGGUUGGGCAGAUUCCUGUUGUACUGAAGACUGGAUGGGAAGGACACAAAUCAUCAGGUGGACCAGGGCGGCGAGCUAGCGCAGGGCAGGAGCACAGAAAGAGUUUAUCCCCUUGGAAUGUUGCAGCUGAAAGAGAGGGUGUCAUAAAGAACUCGGUCUGGGUGUCUAGAGGAGGUGCUGGCAGAGAGAAAAAUGCCGUUGGGUUGGUGACGACUGUCAGCUCUUCAGAGGAUCCUAGGAGGAACAGCACCAGUGCACUCAGCAGAAAGGAAGGUGUGAGUCCUGAUGAGCAACCCAGCACGCCCCGUUUCAAUGGAGGGUCCAGCGGUGGUGGAUGGAUGGAGGAUGUUUGUGGCGGCAUGGUAAUCAGCAGUGUUCAAGGGCUUGUGAUUGGUGAAAUUGUGACCCCUGUCAAACUUGAAAUGGGAAGCACAAAGGAUGCACUUCCUGGAGAAGGGGGUGAGGCUCAGGAAAAGGUGGUGUACGAGCAGCAACCUCCAUGCUGUGGAACUGUGCACCCCACCAUUAUUGGUGGGGUGGGCCGGCAGAGAGGAACUUCUGUGUGCCUGGGCAUGCAAGGUAAAGUCCUGCCAAUGGGUGUCUGUCUUGCACCUCAAACCCAGCCACUGGCUUCACCAUAUCUUCCAUGGGGAGUUAAUGUCCAGCCAGCACCACAGGUAAGUGUGCGCUCAGGGGUUGCUAUCCCGGCACAGAGUCUUUAUACCCCAGUUCCUCACUGUGGACCACAUAAUGCAGUGCAUGUUCCAAUCAGUGUGCAAAUGACUGGGAGCAUUCCCGAAGCUGGACUGGGAAUGGGUGUCGGCCUUGGUGUCAAUCCUGUUCAGGUGCUGCAUAUGCAGAGGGGGGGUGAUGGUCGAGCUGGGGUCUUAGGUCAAAUGACUGUGCUUGAAGGUGGCCGCCAUGACCUGCCCGGAUGUGACACUCCCAUGAAUGUGCCACAUGGGCCACAUAGUAAAGAAGACAGUGGCAUCGAACGGUGGAGUACUCAACAACAGCCGUCCACACCAAAGAAUGUGGCAGUGCCCACUCAAGUCCAUGGUCUGGUUGUUUCCCAGACCCAUGGGCAAGGAGUGUACCAUGGCCAGCCACAAGUACGGCCAGCAAUCUCUCGCCAUGGCUACACAGCAGAAGGGUCAUCCUUCCGAACUGGCAUGACUACAAAUGUAAAUGUUGCUGCACAGAGUGGGUGCCCUGGGGGAAUGGUGGCAGUGGGCCAUCCUGUGUGGCAUUGUGAGGGCGAACCCACAGGGGAAAGAAUUGCUCCUGGGAGCAGUGGAGUCGUGUUUGAUAAUAAAAGGAGGUGGGAAGUGAGAGGGCAAGAUAGUCGGUUGUCAAGGCAAGCACUGUGGGGAAGCCAGUAUGGAAAACCAUGGUCCACAAAGGUGUGGAGGCCAGUUGGGGUGGUCGGUUCACAAAACCAUGGUGAAGGUGGUGCCAUGGUGGAUAGCAGAGAAGAAGGGAAUACAGCCGGUGGACAAGACGUGGAUGCCAUCUGCGGAAGCCGUAAUGACACGUUGGGUGACGUAGACAAUGAUGGCGGUGCUGUGAGUGCCAGCAACGUGAUGAGUCCAGAUACCUAUUCUAGAGCCUCUGCCCAAUCAGCCAACCCAAUGGGCAGCUACGAUCAAGGUCAUGCUGGUGAGGACCAAGACAAGGAUCGUACAAAGCAAAGCCUCAGCCAUUCUAUCAGUGUAAGAAGAGAGAUCCAUGACACAGACUCCUUGCUUUGGAUUGCGGAUAGGGUGGAGAUUGAAGCAACACGUCAGGAGGUAGAUGCAUCAGAAGCCAGUGGUGAUGGCCAGGAGAAUGUGGAAUGCUCAAGAAAAGGACCUUGUAAUGCUGGUGGAAAGGCAGGCAAAGGAGCGAAUGAUGGCUGUGGUCGAUCUGUGCACUGGGAGGAUAACAGAAGCAGUGAACCAAAAAUUCGGGGAGAUGAAGAAGUGAAUCCCGACUCAGGUACUAGACUGUGCACUGAGGGGCCAAUGCACGAUCCUGCAACAGGAGGCUGGCAGAACAGAGGAGGGAAAGAAAUGCGAUGGGAGAGAAGGUGGCGCCCAAGCAAUCAUGGGAAUGGAAUCCACCACGCAGCAAGGUUCCUUUCAGAGAGGUGGGCUGCUGCAAUUGAAGAUUCGGAGGCUUUUCUGUACAAUGGAGAUGCGAGUGAUGGUGAGGAACCUAUUUCAUCAAAUAAUGCUAGAGCUGGUUUAUUGGAUCAUAGUUUGCUUCAAGUCAGUGAUCAUAAUGAGCAUCAUGACUGUGUAUUAGAUGUGUGUGGCAGCAGUGGAAGCAGGGGAGCGGAGGACACAUCAGUGUCAGCAGUGGAGAUGCAUGGUUGGGAUGGGGCAUACUGGGGAGGAGGACCAAGGAGUAGAGGAGUUUUUGGAGGGUAUGAAAAUACAAGGUACAUGUCAAGAGGCAGUGGGAGAGGAAGAGGGGCCUAUAGGGGCGACAGAUCUGAUAGCUAUUAUGAUGGGGAUGUGGGGGGUCAUAACGGCAGUUACUAUACAGAGAGGUAUUAUGGGGUACAGGGGGGUGACACAGAGAGGUAUCGGGGUAAGGGUGGCCGAAGUGGUCCUGGGAGUGAUAGGAGAGGGCCUGUUAGUUCUAUCAGCACUGCUGGAGCUAGUAGUAUGGGGGUAAGCAGCAGUUACAAUGGACCUGGACGCCGAAGAGGUGCGUCUGGACCAGUUGAAAGGGGGAGCAGAUGGCGGUGGAGGAGCGAGAUUACCACUCCUUACGACCACAAAGCAUAUGCUCGCAAGCAAUUCUAUGCUCCUGAGAGAGAUGGCUAGCUUGUAGGGCACGUUUGCAGCCCAUAUUUUGUUGGAGGAGGUUGGAAGUAAGGAUGCAGUUGGUUAAGGUAGUGUCAUCUCUGAGUGUCCGAACACAGCCAGUGCAAUUUGCCAAUGUACUCGUAUUCACUUGCACUGACAUGGGUCCAUGCAUUCACUUGUGCGUGUGUUAGGAACCUUGCAACUCAUGCCACAUGGGUCCACAUAAUGAGCAGAGCCCAUAAUUUAAGAUCUUGGUCAUCAAAUCCCAAUUGCUUGCAUUACUCUGGUUCACAGCCUGAAUGACAGAAGGAAUUGUCCUGUCUCAUGACAGUCUAACUUUCUAUCUGAAGCAGUAUUGGAUGUAAGCAAACAGUUCCACAACACCAUGUUUUAUGUCCUUCAGUGUUAGAUAUUCAUGACUCACCUGUACAACAGGAUGUGGUCCCUGCCCAGAGUACACUCGCGAUUCCAGGGACAGUCCAUACUCAGGAUGCAGCCCCAAACGUU